AUGGUGAGCUUCACCACUUCAUUAUUAGGAAAGUUUACGUUAGCUUCAAUUGUAAUUUAUUGUAUCACAUUGACACUAUUGGAAACUCUUGUAAUUAUGUUUCAUUUGGAAUUUGUCUCCAAAUUCAUACUUACACAAAACGGUAAUGGAAUCUCCGAAUCCGAUUUGAUUUAUCACGCAAUAUUUAUCACAUCGUUAGUGUUUCAAGUGAUCUUGUGUUUGGAUGCGUUAAUUCAUAAGAAUAUAAUCCAAUUGAAAGCUCUAAUAGCGUUCAAUAUCCUUUCACUUGCCUACGCGGCGGUGCAGAUUUAUCAACAUAUAAUACUCGAAGAAGAAGGAACAAAUGAGGCGAUAUUUUCCCCGGAUGAUGAGACCAAAUUCCCAACGCCAGAAUUUACCAAAAAUUAUUUCAUCAAGAAAAUGAGACCGAUAGAAUACAUUAUAGCCGGUCUAGUAUCAGGAUAUUCGAUAUUCCUAGGAUAUUUAUCUUAUAAAUUAAUGGGAGAAUUUGGAUGGGAGAAUUAUAAGCUUUAUUCCGGGGAUUUACAAAUUCGCAAUGCAUUGGUUUCACUCACAUUACUGCAUACCUUAAUAAAAUUAGACGCCUUCUUUAUUUUAUCAUAUGCCUUGCAACUCUUACCAUCAAAAUCGAUUGGAUACUCUGAUUCCAUCUUUGAGACCGUAUCAAUCUUUAUCGGAGGGUUCAUUAUAAUGUCGAUGGCUUGGUAUUCCGUUUCAAAAGAAAUGAAAUACCUCUUAUUGUUUGUGAUCAAUUUAUCAAUAUUUUCUUCAAUUUAUAUGGUUUAUAGGAUAGUUAAAAUCCUGAUUUCAAGAUCAGGUGAAAUGGAUCCUUAUAAAUUUACUAGAAAAUUAUUGCUUUUUACCUUAAUUACCACCUUUGUGCUCGUUUGUGUUACCAUUUAUUAUGCCAUCAUCUCUUUUAAAAAUAUGAAUCGUGGAGUUUAUGUUUUUACCGCUUAUCAAAGUUCUGCCAUUCCUCAAGAUGUAGGUGAUAGAACAUCAAAAAGAUUUUCGAAAAUUGCCGAGGUUACUGUCGCUCGUAGAUCAUCAAUCAACCUAGACUAA